AUGGCAAUGACGGCGUGCACAGAUUUGGGAAAACAAAAGGCCACGACGUCCUCCAGCCCGACCCCAUGCUAUGCUAAAUUCGAUGCGAGCUGGCGCGAGCGAGAGUCCAGUUCUGAAGACAAUGGCGCAUUUUGUGGGAUCUUUCGUCACCCAUGGAUCGAAGUUGCAGAGGAUGCCUCCGACAAGGUGCUCGGAGGUAAGGCUUUUGCUGUUUGA